ACGCAGAGGUCGCUGGAUGCAGGCUCCUCAAAACGAGGCACGUUUGUUUCGGUUUGUUUUCAUGGUGGACGUUGAAUGACAGAGCGACACAGAAGUUGCUGAAAGUGAAGCGAUUUAGUGUAGAAACAAGUUUGCAACGUGAACAGACGAAGCCACGGGAUUAUCAAAAUGUCUUCUCCUGAGCCCAUCAUCAGGUCAAAACAGACAGAGAAAGAUGUCAAUGGAGUAUCAACACAGGUCGUCUGUACAGAGUUCACCAAUUACAUAUUCGUAGUUCUCACUCAGUUUGGCAAAAUUGGGACAUUGAUAUCUGUCACACCUGACUCCAGAUCUAAUGAUAUCAGCACCCCAACGUUCUCCACCAAAGUGCUGCUGGGCAAAGACGAGCCACUGACGCAUGUCUGUGCCAAAAACCUGGCGACAUUUGUGUCGCAAGAAGCCGGCAACAGGCCUGUCUUGCUGGGACUGGCGCUAAAGGAUUCUUCCAUAGAUUCAGUAAAACAAAUGAAAGAGAUCAUCAAAAGCUGUAAAGUCUGGUAGGAAGUCAACAAAAUGGACACAAAGCCUUCUGGAUUCCCCCAAUUUCACUUCUUUUUCUUGUGUCUUUCUAAACUUAAAGGAUUUUUCUCUUUCCUAAAUAACAGUCUGGUUUUAAGCGUGAGUUUUCUGCACACCAUUGUGCUCUCACAAACUGAUGAUUGUGCAAAGAUUAAGUUAUGGUUUGCAAAAUGAUGGCCAAUAGUUAAAUUUUCAUCACUGUAUGAAAUAUAUAUCAACCUUACAGUUUUGGUUUCUUUAUACGGUUAUUAUUUUUGUACUUUAGAAUGCAAAUAUUCUUAAUUGUGUCAUGAGGCGGAUUUAGAAAUAAAACAGGUCACUUCUUAAAGUAUUCCAUUUUCUGUCUUUGAAACAAAUGCAGUGCAAUCAUCCCCACCCUGGUGAAGGAUAGUUUGGGCGUAGCACUGGAUAAACAUUUUACGUAUCACAAAUAUCCCCAUCAAACUGGAAAACUGGGCCAGGCCUUUUAUAAUCACGCUGAGGUCUUUGCUUCAUUUAUCAAUUAUAACUCUAUUACACCGGCUACAAUGCAGUUAAGCAGACCUUUAGACUCAGCACAUUUCAAAGCAGUACAUCCUGUGUUAGCAGUGUUAUACUGCAGAUCAUGAGGUCAACAGUAGUCUACAUAUCCACAUUAUAAGACUUGGACUAUUUGUGUGGAAUAUUGAUCUAUAUGUUAUCCUCUGAACUUUGUAAUUUUAUAAGAUGUAAUCAAUAAAAUGUAAUAUGUAUGACUCAUUUGAAAUAUUUGUUUUCUUACUGAAUUUAAAGAUGUAGAGUUUGUGUCUCACUUAUUCAUUUAGCUACUGAAGCUUUGACAUCAGGGCUGCAACUAACAUUUCUUUACAUUAUCAGUCUGAUUGUUUUUUGAUGUUAAAGUGUUUGGUCUAUAAAAUGUCAGAAAAUAGUGAUAAAUGUUUAUAUCAUUAUCAAAUGUAUUGUUUUGGACCAAUAGUCCAAACCCCCAAAAUAACCAACAGAGAUCCUCAUUUUGUUGGAAACACUGGAUGUUUCGAGGUUUUUGCUUAAAAAUAAAUACUUAAAACAUUA